CGAUUCAAACUUUUCCAGUGGAAGAUAAUAUCCCCCGCCUGUCGUCACUGUCAAAAAGGGAGGGUAUUAUAGCAUGACAAACAGUCUCUUUUCUACAUUACAUAUAAAAAUCUUCCAUAUCGGAACUGCAAAGCUGAGUUUUUCUCCCCACCGUUUAUGUUCCUUUGGUAGUGGCCAAUUUUACUCGCCUUCUCACGCCGGUUCAAGAUGGCGGCGGUGGAACAGAAGGACAGCAAUAAGUCGGCUUGAAUAGUUUUAAUAUAAAGAGGAAAAAAGAAAAUACAGUACGAAGAAAUUAAAAUUUAAAAAAAAUCUACGUCACGCCUACUUCCGACAUUAAACUUCAUCCCGUCUUUUCAGUAGUGUUCGAUAUUUUUCAGUCAAAAUGUUCACCUUGUAGCUAGCUAGCUGCUGUAGCUAGCUAACGCCGGAGAGAGGUAUAGAAUGGGAGAGAAGCUGGAACUCAAGCUGAAGUCGCCGGUCGGAGCAGAGGCAGCGGGUUACCCCUGGCCGCUUCCAGUAUACGAUAAACACCAUGAUGCUGCUCACGAAAUUAUUGAAACUAUACGAUGGGUGUGUGAAGAAAUCCCUGAUCUUAAACUGGCCAUGGAAAACUAUGUUCUCAUCGACUAUGACACCAAGAGCUUUGAGAGCAUGCAGCGGCUUUGUGACAAAUACAACCGAGCGAUUGACAGCAUCCACCAGCUGUGGAAAGGCACCACACAGCCCAUGAAACUGAACAAGCGGCCGUCCAAUGGCCUGCUCCGCCACAUCCUGCAGCAGGUGUACAACCACUCAGUCACUGACCCAGAAAAACUCAACAACUACGAGCCUUUCUCACCAGAGGUGUAUGGCGAAACGUCCUUCGAUCUGGUGGCCCAGAUCAUCGACGAGAUGGAGAUGAUGGAGGACGACACCUUUGUCGACCUGGGCAGCGGAGUUGGACAGGUAGUGUUGCAGGUUGCUGCUGCAACAAACUGUAAACAUUAUUAUGGUGUUGAGAAGGCAGACAUUCCAGCCAGCUAUGCAGAGUCAAUGGACAGAGAGUUUAAGAAAUGGAUGAAGUGGUACGGGAAGAAGCACGGGGAAUACACUUUGGAGAGGGGAGACUUCCUGUCUGAAGAGUGGAAAGAUCGGAUAGCGAACACAAGUGUGAUAUUUGUGAAUAACUUUGCCUUUGGUCCCGAGGUGGAUCACCAGCUGAAGGAACGAUUUGCUAAUAUGAAGGAGGGUGGAAAGAUUGUGUCCUCAAAACCCUUUGCACCUCUAAACUUCCGAAUAAACAGUCGAAACUUGAGUGAUAUUGGCACAAUAAUGAGAGUAGUGGAGCUAUCUCCACUAAGAGGCUCAGUAUCCUGGACUGGAAAGCCAGUUUCUUACUAUCUGCAUACUAUCGACCGCACCAUACUUGAAAAUUAUUUUUCUAGUCUCAAAAAUCCUAAACUCAGGGAGGAGCAAGAGGCAGCUAGACGUCGUCAGCAGAAAGACAAAGACAGUAAAAGCAACACGACCACGCCAACCAAGGCGAAGGAGCACAAGGACUCGUGUGGUGAAGACGAGCGGCAGCCGGGGCUGCUGACGGUGAUGAAGCCGUCCCCCAAGCCCCGGCGCGCCAGGCUCAUAGCCAAGAGAAGCAAGCUGGGGAGCCGGAAGCGCGGGCGGCCCAAGAAGACGGCAGCGGCGGCGGCCGCCGAGCGCAAGAGCAAGAAGAGCCAGAGCGCCCUGGACCUGCUCCACGCCAAGACCCUUUCUGCAGCGCCCCCUCAGGAUGCAUACAGGUCACCUCAGAGUCCUUUCUACCAGCUACCUCCCAAAGUUCAGCACUAUGCGUCUAGCCAGCUGCUCCUGGGUCCUACUUCCCCAGCCCUGCAGCAGCUUCUGGAUAAUAUCAAGGUGCAGUACCUGCAGUUUCUGGCCUACAUGAAGACGCCUCAGUACCGUACUAAUCUGCAGCAGCUUCUGGAACAGGAGAAGCUCAGACACAGCGAGCUGUCCGGUCAAGCUGAGCAGUUGUACAUUGUGUGUCAGACUCACAAGGACAAGAUCAAAAGGCUGUUCCAGUCCAAACUGGAGGAGCUGGGUGUCAAAGCCCUCACCUUGGAUGACCUCCUCCAAGCCCAGAAGGAGAUCUCAGCCCACAACCAGCAACUGAGGGAGCAGACUGAGCAGCUGGAGCGGGACACGGCGGUGCUGCGUGACCACAGCCUGCUCCUGCUGAAGUCCCGCUGUGAGGAGCUCAAUCUGGACUGGGGCUCUCUGUGCCUGGAGAGCCUGGUGAAAGAGAAGCAGGCCCUGCGCAAGCAGAUAUCGGAGAAGCAGCGGCACUGCCUGGAGCUACAGAUCAGCAUCGUCGAGCUCGAAAAAAGCCAGAGGCAGCAGGAGUUGCUGCAGCUCAAGUCUUAUAGCCCAUGUGAGGACCCGCCAUAUCGCAAGAGUCUCCACGGCCUGGACCCGCAGGGGCCCCUGGACUCGGACAUGCCUAAACUAGCCCUCGGAGGCACGGGUGCCAAUGGCCUGAGCCCAGAGCUCUCUAUCAACGGCACCAGCUCCCCCUGCUUCGAGAGAGGUCGGGCCAAAGACCUGCUGCCUCGCUACCUGCCCGCCUCUCCUGACCACGACAUCGUACCCCAAACCCCCGACGCUCGCAACCGGCAAUUGGGGAACCCCCAACCUGACUAUACCCGCUUCUCUCCUGCCAAGAUUGCCCUGCGUCGCCACCUCAACCAGGACCCCAGUACAGUCCCUUUGCGUGGCCUUGGCACUGCCAUCCACAGGUCAGGCACCUGGAGGGAGAUUGGGGUCGUUUCGUCCCUGCCCAUUGGGGUCAAGCAUGGCUGCCCAUCGCCCAUUUCACCUGAAGCGCUGCAAAAUUCCACACCCAGGUCUGCCGAAAGGGCAUGCAAGGAGAAGAGCCCCACCACCUCCGGUGACACCAUCACCAGUCUGCCCAUUAGCAUCCCCCUCAGCACCGUACACCCCAGCAAGCUACCCGUCAGCAUCCCCCUGGCCAGCGUGGUGCUGCCCAACCGGGCUGAGAGACUGAGGAGCACCCCGAGUCCAGUGUCUCAGGCCCGGGACCCAGCGUUGCUGGAGAAACUGAUUCAGAGUAACGGAAAGCAGCCCCACACACCUACCUCAGGGCUGAACGGCAACUCCCACUGCACCUUCCUGGAUCAGGACUCUGCAUCACCUUCACCCCCACAGCACAUCACCACCCUGGCUGGGCUGCCAGGUCGUGGGCCUGGCUUCAGUCCUCCGCUCAGCACCGGGGGGGUCCUGCAGUAUGCAGACGGCCCCCCCAGAAUCCUUCCCGAGGGAGGUCCGGUCAGGCAGGGCGAGUCGGACCCCGAGCUCCUGGAUGGCGAGGCCAAGCGCAGCAUAUUCUUUUCCUCGUCAUCGUCUUCAUCAUCCUCUUCCUCCUCCUCCGGCGGAGCCGUCUCCAGGCAGCACCACGGCACCGGCAAGCCAAGCCACCACCAUCACUACCACCACCACCAGGGCGGCCAGCGGCACUCGCCAGGUCCCCAGGAAGCCCGCAGGCGGGGCAGGAGGAAGCGCAGCUCCACCAGCGGCGCGCUCCCCGCCUCCGGCUCCCCCAAGAGGCGUUUUUUCUCUGGCCUCGGCAACAGCAGCCACCCCUCAGGCUCCCCGCUGAACAUCACCUCCAUGGUGAGCAACAUAAAUCAGCCCCUGGAGAUAGCAGCCAUCUCCUCCCCAGAGCAGUCUGCACGCAGCCCCUGCGAGCCCGACCUGGACCAACCUCCUGUGCUGAAGCGGGAGCGACCCCUAGACCUCAACGGCUCCAGCCACUUCUCCUCGCCUGCCAGCUCUGAUGAUGAGGAUGCCAGUUACCCCGUGGACUCCUCCAGUUCCCGAAUCCAGAGGAAAAUUGCUGCCAUUUCCCUGGAGAGUGGAGACGGCCCAAUUAAAGCAGGAGAAAAUGACCGGGGUGCCGGAUUGGGCCGGAAGUCGGCUUCCAGCACUGUGAACAGCUUGGCCAAUGAGGCCGUCUCCUCUUCAUCUUCCUCGACGUCCUCCAGCAAGUGGAAAUCCACCUUCUCCCCGAUCUCGGAUCCUAAGCAGCCCCCGCCUGACCUACGACAGGGGGGCUCCCCCUUCAGCAUUGGCGGUACCCGGGGGGGCACGGCGGGUACCGAUUCUGACUCUGACCACAAACAGCAGCAGCAGCAGAGGAGGGGGGAGGGGGGGGUCCUCGACUCCGUGUGCGGCCAGACUCACCCAACGGCACCACCCUACCUGAGUCACAACCCAUUCCUCAGCCAGGAGGCUGGGGGCCGUCCGGGGGGGCCGGCGGCAGAGAGGCAGCCCAAGCAGAAGCCACGGGAGUGGGAUCUGAAGGCCCCCGCCAGCCUGGGCACUGAGAACCUCUUCAUCUCGGCCGCCGCCAACAGUGGCAUCUUAACCGGCAAAGUGGGUAACCCUGUGACGGCCGGUGGCCCCGGGGCCUCCGUAGGGCAGUACCUGGGGACUCAGUUUCCCCUCGGCGGGACGUCGGUGCUCCAGUCACCAUUCGGGUCCCAGACGCCCGCUCCGGCAGUCACGGGGGCCCCACGGCUCGUGAACGGACACUCUUCCCUGGGAACCUUCUCCAGCACAGGUCUGGCGGGUGGAGCAGCAGGAGGUAACUAAAGCCAUCUACCUCAACCCAAUGUAACCUAUGCAAUGGACUGGUGUGGACCAAGGGGCUCUUCUUGUUGGUGCUCGCUAGCCUGCUGGCUGCCAUCUCACCGCCACGGGUAGACAAACCGAAGAGCUGCACGGGCGCCUCGGCUCGCCAUCGCGGCCUGUCGCCUCCCGGCACUGACCCCUAGGCCAGGCGGACACCCCCCACGCCAUGUGUGUUGAGGCGGAGUCUGAAGGGUUACGGCGUGACGCCACGAGCGAAGCUCUCCGCGUCAGUCCAGGAAGAGUAGGUCGGCGCCUAUGAUUGAGCCUUUAUUUAAAAACAGGUCGUUUUAGUUCUUGACGUUUUGGUACGUAAUUUAUGUGAUCUUAAGAAAAUUAUUUAUUUUUCAUGCUUAAGAUGGCCAAGGAUCGUGGACCUUUUUAUCCAUUUUUAACAAAUGUUUUGUUGGUCCACUCCCAAUAUGGGGAGCCUAGAGGAUCAUCAGUCUGGUUAAAUAAUUGCAUCUCCUAGGCUACUGUACACUAUAGUUAAAUUGCCAAGCUCCGUACUGCUUAGCAUUGUCCUGUAACCAAAAGAUGACCCAAAAACAGUGGAGGCUAAUUCCGAUCAUUGUAGCUAAAUGUCAUGGUGUGGUCAUAAUUAACAUGAACUUCUGAUUAAUGUACAAUUUUAAAGAUAUUUUAUAAUUUUGCCGGUUGUGGGACAGCACCUUCUGUGAGACCCCUCAACACACAUGGGGAUGGCUUAGCAGGGUCCGCGUGAUGCUAAUGCGGAGCGCUAACGUCAGUCUGAGAGUUCUCAUGUGGGUGUGUAACCAACAGACCGGAAUCGAGAGAUGCUAACGCUCUCUGCAGUCAGGAUCAUCACAGCAGGUGACCUUUAGUGCGGCGGUCCCUAGUGGCUAUAAAGAGAAUGGGCACUUUAUUCAGACCACAUGCAGCGGUUCGUCACUCUCUAGGCCGCCCACAGUGGCAACGUGUCCAUGCCAGUGGCAUUUGUGUCACAAUGACAGUAAAUACUAAUUUUAAAUUUGAUAAUCGGCUGCAGUUAAAUUGCAGUCUCCGACCUCUUGACCAAGGUAGCAAAUGCAGUGAGACACUGGAUGAACGUACCUGUGUAGUUGACAAAAUGCCACUGGUGUGGACGCAGUGCAGUCAGCAGUAUGUUGUGUUUUUUUUUUUUUUUUUUGUUUUUGUUUAUUUUUUUAAUUUUGUGUUUAUAAACCAAAAAUACAGAAUUUGUGAGCUGCGUUGAUUUAGUUAUAAAGAACUGAUGAUAAUAAACCAUGUGAACUUGUGCGUUUCACUUGUGUUUUGUAUUCUCCUGCUGGCUGAACUGUGUGGGCUCUGUGGGCCGUGCUCCUGCACGUCAGGAAUGGCAGCCUGCCUGCGCGCGCGAGCUGGUCGUACCGCUGCACAGCAGCUGUGCGCCCGCUGUCUGGCAGUCAGGGUGCGGCUCUUAACAGGGUUUGGAGGCGAACCUGCCUGCUUAUUUUUUACAUGUUCUCUGCUCUCACUGUAGGACUUAGUAAAAUUUUGGUUUAAAACUGCUUUCAAAGUAGAUGAAGUUGUUUAAGAAUUCCAGUAGUUUUUAAGCUCUGUAGGUUUCUCUCAGAUGGAUGUCAAUCAGCCCUCCUCCUGCAUCACACAUCAGUGGACCACGUAUUUAUGGGGGGUGAUACUCAUGUGAGCUCAUGAAUUUUGUAUGUUAUGUUAAAUGUUUAUAGACCAAGUCUUGUAGGUAGGCUUAUUGUUCCAGCAUAUGUUGGAUUGUAAAGUGCAAACUACAUUUUGUAAACUUAGGAUUCAGUGGCGUGUGUGGUGAAUUCAGGCAGACUUCACUAAUGUCGAUUUUAUGCCUUUUCCUGUAUCUGAAGCAGAAAACAUGUUCUGGUCAAUGUUUCGCUGGAAACUUUGUAACACGGGAAUAUUGUCAUUUGUGUUUGUCAUCAACUCCACUAACGUGUAGUCAAGCUUUCUGCAGCUAGUCUAACCAGCAAACACAGAAAAACAUUUUUACACUGGGAAGUUCAUGAACUAACAUUAACUACUGGGGAAUUUUCACUCGAAUAUUUUUUAUUUUUUUUGUAAUUUCUGUAGAGAAGUGUACUGUGAAUGGGGGAGUUACUCUCCAUAGACUAUAAUUGCUUAUAAUUUAGAUUAUGCUAUUUAUCCUUUUUUUCCAGUGAUGAAGUUGUUGGAGUUUAAUUUCUUCUGAAAUGUUAGUGAAACUUGAGGGCAGUAGGUCUUAGUGUCUGUGUGGUGCUCAGUCUGAAACUCAUGGUGCUAUGAUUUGUAUAACUUUGGACUGUGCCUAAUGCUAUAAUGACGUUCAGUACAACAGCAAUUAUUGAUUCUUGGUGCUUUUUGUACACAGGGAUGUUUUAUGCCAUAUAAGGCAGUACUUUGUGUUAUUUAAAAUACGUUAGAAACCAGUCUUGUUUUUUUAAAACAUUUUAUUUAAAGUCUAGUGUGCGAAUAGACACUGCAUGUUUAAGUAGCUGUCUGAUGAGCCUGGCACAGAGUUAUUUAAACGCAUGAAGUUUUCACUUGGUGUGUUUUUAUUAUAUGACUGUACAACAGAAGAACAUCUUUGUCUGUUUUUCAGGACAAUUCUUAAAUCUCUUUGAAAUGAGGUCUCGUACUUAGACGUACAUCAGAAGGCACGCUGUCCUUGAACAACAAAUGGGACGAGAGUUUGGCUGAAGGUUUUCGCGAAGGAAACCAUGCUUUCUUUUGGUGCUGAGCAAAUGAACAUCCUGGCAGAACCCAUCACGCAGAACUGGGGGGGGGGGGGCGGCGGCGGCGAUGUGGUGAACUCCUCGGCUCGGUUACGCUGUCGCUUCUCUUUAUAGCCCCCAGAUGGUCUUUUGCACGCUCUGUCAGCAGGGCUGCCCCUUGGGCUAUUGGCGAUUGCAGGGAAUUGUAGGUUAAUAUUCUCCAGGUGGUAUCAAGCUUUUUAGCUUUAAGCAUUGCCUUCAAAUGUUAAAAAGGUGCUCUUUUCAGUACUAGGAAUAAAACACAUCUGUGCAUCAUAUACCAAAUGUCAUCAUGCUAAGACCUUAAACUGACCUCCUGUCCCAUGGCUCUUUGGUAAACACACCAAUUUUCCCAUGCAUGUGCAACCGAGCAACUAGCGUAUUUGGGCUCGUGUCGGUGUACAGGAACUAUGUGAUUCUGUCUGUAUGUUUCUCUCUGUUUACGUGGAAAUUGUCCUCAAGGGGAAAUAAGGCUCAGCCAAGCUUUACCAUGAUCCACACGUCGUCAUAAUUUGGUCUAUGUGUUGACCUAAGUGAGCACUGCGGUUUCUUCAAAUAGGACGAGACCAGAAAAAUCUAUUCCUCUGUUAUCGGCACUGGUGUAUUUUCUAAUCAUUAGAUUAUAAUUUAUCCUCAAUGUUUGAUAUAAUUGCUGGUGCUGGUGGUGUUUUAUGAUAAAAGUACCAGAUGAAUUUCAGUAUACUUUGAUAAUAAGGUGCUCUCUUACACUUCAAAACGUAAGGAAAAUGCAGCUAUGAAAUAAUACACCUCCUUUUGUGCUAAAGGAGCGGAACACUUACGACACAAAUGAGCUUUUUAUUUCUUUUGUAUUUUUUUUAUUUAUUUAUUUUUUUAAAAACUCGUACCUAAUUUGUUUGGGGUGCUUGUGUGAGUGGCGGAGAAACGGGGGGGUUAGGGUCUACGCCAGAGACCUGAUUCAUAAUAACUUAUCGGCUGCUCAGACUUCAUUAGUGCAUUUGCGUCCUGCCGUUACAUGUCAUUCCCCUCAGGUAGCAGGAAGAAUGCAGGCUUGAUCAACAGGUCUACACAUUCUGCUAGCUCUAUAAUUUACUCUUGUUUUUAACUCUAUAGCUUACCAAUUAUGAUCUGUGCGUCACAGUUUAAAGCACAUUUCAUGUCAGAUUAUCUCUAUGUUCUGUGUAUUCUGAGCAUUGUAAGUAAGGGACUUUUUUUCCAAUGAUUCUUGGGCUUUUAUAGAAACAUUCAGACAGACACCUUGAUCAAAAGGUAGGAUGUCAGUUUUACCAAAUUUACUCAGGAAGUUCUCAAGGUCCUUUUUUUGGUAGACCUUGUCAAAAAAGUUUGUACUAAUUUCUGAAUCUAUGCUAAAGCAGCCCCCGUUCACUCACGCCCACUGUGAACCCAGCACUCCUCAGGUCGACCUUGGCUCCCGAUGACCGCAGGUAGCCAGCAAAUCGGCAGUGCUGCUUUGCUCUGAACGGGGGCCAGUUUGCCUUAAUGGUACCUGUUUUGUAGUCAACCCAAGCCUGUCUACUGUAGCUAAGUUAUUUAAUAUCCAGUCAGAUUUAUCUACUGCUUGCAUGCUUAUGGUCAUUUGCGCACUCAAAGACUCAGUGCUUGGCAUACAGGUGUGUCGUUUGUUUGUUCUCCAAGGCACAGAACAGACGAGUCCCUCUCCACAUUCCUUGCAUGGUCUCUGCAGUUUGUUGUGGCUCAGGAUGCUGUUGUCAGCUGACAGGCUGCCUGAAUUGGCAGGUGUAUCUCCUGGAUGGACCCGCACUCCCCCCUUUCCCCGCCCACACAAGUCCCACCCACAUUCACCUGCUUUUUUUUUUGUAAUAAAACAUAAGCAAUCCAUCUCACGCUGCAUUAUCCAAACUUUAGUCAGAACUUGCAUAGAAAUGUUUAUUUGUAAAUGUUGUGACAUUUGAUGUAUAAAUAAGCAGACCUGCUUUUCAAAGUACCUUUGGGUUUCUCUGGAGUAUCUUGAUGCCUGGUUAUGGUGCUUUUUUUCUCCUGUUUUUGAAGAGAAUUUAAUGACAAUAAUGCUUUGGAUUUUCUCAGCUUUCUAUUAAAAUUUAAUAAAGUAUUUAAUUAAAA